UUCAUUUUAAUUAUAUAAACCCCUCUUCCCCUUUUUAUUUCCCUAACCAAAUUAUAUACACCAACAACACUUCCCAUUCCCAUUCCCAUUCCCACACUAAACUAACUCUCUCUCUCUCUCUCUCUCUCAUCAUGGAACCACAAAAUCAAACUCUAGACAUUUUCUUCCAUUCCCUCUCUAAAUCUUCAUCUAUUACUUCUACCACGACCACGACCACAACCACAACCUCUACCUCUUCGUCCUCUGUAUCAUCGAGCCCUUUUUUGGGCGUCGAUAAAAAGUGUAAAGGGUCCAAAAGAGUAAGAUUAGACCCUAAUGAGAAUAAUAACAAUAACGAUAACCAUAACAAUGAUGAUCAUGAUCAUGAUGAUGAUGGUAAUAAUCAGAAAGAUGGUCAUGACCUAAUGUAUAGAGGUGUACGGAAGAGGAGUUGGGGAAAAUGGGUGUCCGAAAUUAGAGAGCCAAAGAAGAAGUCAAGAAUAUGGCUUGGGACUUACCCAACGGCUCAGAUGGCGGCUCGAGCUCAUGAUGUUGCGGCUUUAGCCAUCAAGGGUGACAAUGCAUUCCUUAACUUCCCUGCACUUGCACAUUUAUUGCCUCGCCCUGCUUCCACGUGUCCUAAAGAUAUCCAAGCCGCGGCUGCUAAAGCGGCUGAAGCCGAGCUAAUUAGCUGCCCUGCUGCUGCCAGCAGCUCCAGUUCUUGUUCAACCAAUGUUAGCUCCUCUUCUUCGGAAGAAAGUAACGUUGAAUGGUCUAGCUCUGUGGGACCCACAAGAGUCCAUGAUGACCAUCAUCAUCAUCAUCAUCAUCAUAAUGUUGUUGAUGAUGAUGAGUCUUUGUUUGACUUGCCUGACCUUGUCAUUGAAGAUAAAACUCAAAGAAUUGGAGGCUAUUUUAGUCAUUCUACAUGGCAAUUAGCUCAAGGAGAACCCAUGAUAUUCGGCCUUGAUGAUGAUCAACAGCUAAAUUGUUUAUGGAUGGGUUAAUUAAUCCCAGACAUAAAUAGUUAAUCAAGUUUAUAAUUACUCUAUAUUUUUUCUUUAUUCUAUACUUAUUUAUUUUUAUACAAAUUCAUUAUUCAUUAUAAAAUAUAUAGCCGGCCAGUAAUUUAGCCUCAAAUUGUUCAAGACGGUCCGGUCUAUAGUCAACAAUCUCAUCAUAUAUAAAUGGCUUAAAAGGUUAAGAAAAAAAUGGUUUGGUUUACAUUUACACAAUUUCUAGAUUUUCUUAGAGAGUUAGAUUUUUUGGGGUCAUAAAUCUUGGAAGCUUGUUGGUUACAUUUCAUUUUGUGCAUAAUUACAUGAGGUGAUGAGAUGGGGGAUGUCAAAUUUUGGGUCCCUCUCGGCUCCUCCUACCUUUUUGUAAGGUAAUGUAAAUUAUACGAGAAUAGAACACGUAUUAGAUUAUUAGUUUAAGUAUUUAUAUUAUUAGGUGUAAUUUAUUGUUAUAUGAUAAAUUCAUUUUUACAUUUAA